AUGAAGUUCUCGGUGCACACGACCGAACGAAUGGAGGAUCAGAUUGCUGAUCAGGGCAUCAUCCCUGACAAGCUGACGGGCGAGGAGUCCGGUGAAGAGGAGUCUGGGGAAGAGGAGUCCGGGGAACAGACUGAGGACUCAGGCUCAGCAUCCGAGUGGCGUCCUGAUAUUGAGAUUCUGUUCAGGCAACCCAUAUACUCAAGCGAUACGGGUCCGCGAUUCCCGCAAGAGCUAAUCGAGCGCAUCUGCGAAUUCCUCUGGGACGAACCGGUCCAGCUAGCAGUCAGCUGCACGCGCAUUUGCCCCGCUUGGUAUCAUGCUGCACGGCGACUUCUGCCAGAGCAUGACAUCACUUGGCAAACCCGAGAGGCCCUGCAAGAUCAUGCGCAUACACUCACAUCCCUUCGUAAUGCGCCAUAUCGCAAACGGUUCCAGCAAUUGCUGAUCUACGACAAUGCCAGCAAGCCGUUCGCGCACGUUUGGCCUAUGUUCAUUCCUGGAUGGAUACUACCGAAAGUGCGUGUCGUGACACUCGGUGACCUCGACUGGUCAACCAGGACACCGCACGAUAGCUUCUUCGUCUACCUGUCUUCCUACACCCGCAUCUUAACCCUUAGUCUGCGGACCUAUCUCGAGGUCAUUCCGUCCCUCGCAGGGAAUACGACUCUGAAAACGUUGUGGAUUCACCUUCGGGACAUUGCCCCAUUGCCGCAGGAGAUACACAGUGCUCUCACCGCCGUGCUAUCAGACAUCGUCAGCGUGGAUCUGCAGCACGUGUCGAUUUGGUUCACUCUAGCUCACCUCGAGCCUGAAGUGCUUCCACAGAAUCAUGGACGGACGCCCGUGGCACCAGAUCCUGCCGAGGCCAUCUCUGCUUUUCACACCAUUCUCUCGCGCGAGAUAUUCAAUGGGCUUCCGCGGCACUUUAGUAACUUCAAGUGCGUAGAGGUUGAUUUCUACGUCGGAAACAUACAGGACAAUCCCGCCGUGGUAGCCACGAUCAAAGCGUACAUAAUCAAUCUCUUUACGCCGUGGUUGGAUCGCGGAAUAGUGAAGUUGGUGUUCAUCUCAGCUGACAGUUCUGAGCAUAUUACCUGUGUUCCCGCGUCUAUGCUCAGUGAGGACACGUCGAGUGACUCCAAAGUCGAGGAUGUACAAGAAAACGAACCCGUAGGAACGGAACAGUAG